AUGCCUUCCGAAGCCGGUCACAGAUUAUACGUCAAGGGACGCCACCUGAGCUACCAGCGCUCUCGUCGCACCAACAACCCUAACACCUCCUUGAUCAAGAUCGAGGGUGUUGAUGGUGUUGAUGCCGCCAACUUCUACCUCGGCAAGAAGGUCGCCUACGUUUACCGUGGCACCAAGGAGAUCCGCGGCACCAAGAUCCGCGUCAUCUGGGGCAAGGUCACCCGCCCUCACGGCAACUCUGGUGUCGUCCGCGCCAAGUUCUCCUCCCCUCUCCCCGCCAAGUCUUUCGGCGCCUCUGUCCGCGUCAUGCUCUACCCCUCUACGAUAUAA